CGCCCGCCACCCACACGACACACGGCCGCGGCCACGGCCCAGCCAAGAAACAUUACACCGUCCUCAGCUGCCGCUUGCACUACCCUGUUGACUGUUAAAAAGUACUUGUGUACUGUCGUUCUUGUUCUGUCUUGCCCAGUCAUCUUAUAAUACUCUCUUUAAGGCCUUUUUCUUUCUCGAUCGUCCAUACAUCUUUCUGCUCAAAUUUAGAACUGUCAAAAUGCAUCCCAAAAGCUUGUUAGUCAUAUUAUCAGCCUUGGGUCUUACCUCCGCCUCCCCUUUACGACGUAGAUGCGGUAGUAGUGUUAGCAACAGCACUGUGCCGACCCCUACUAACCCUGCUCCUGCACCUCCGGUGGCAGCUGUCCCUACUUUGCCCACCACCGGUUCUGGUACCCAACUCGCCGGUCCCGACGCCGCUACACUAAAGCACAUCCUCGUUGGCCACGGGAUUCAAAACUACACAUGUAGCGCAGAAGGGGCCACAGCCGCAUCCAUUGGUGCUCUAGCAGUAGUAUGGGAGAUCACAGACCUGUACCCUGGAGCCUCCCCGUCUUCCCUCUCCGCAGAUGAUUUCGAUGCCUUCGCCUCCACGGUACUACGCAAGACAGAUAUGCCAAUUAACCUGGCCGCAGCAGAAGAUGGUUCUCCAUUUCCGGCACCUGUAGACCUCACAGUAGAGGGUAUACCCAACCCUCUAAAGUUCCUAGGGCAUCACUUCUUCGACGCAGCGAACACCCCCACGUUUGACCUGUCGGGUGCAGACGACGGCGAACUAUUCAAGGGGAAGAAGGACGCGGCUGUACCGGCACCAAGCGACGCUGAUAAGGGCGCCGACCCGGCCACCGGCGCCGUGGACUGGCUACGUCUAAGCGACAAGGGCACGAGCACCGGCGUAAGCCUCGUGUAUCGCGUACUCACUGCCGGCGGAAACCCCGAGGCAUGUGGCGGUGCCGGUCAGACUCAGAGCGUACCGUACGCUGCACAGUACUGGAUCUACGAAAAUUAGACGCACCUGACAGGUUUUCAGAGAAAAGAAAAAUAAGAAAUAGGAAGCAACAAACAAUAGGAAAAUGCCUGGGCGGUGAAUCUGAUUUGUUAUUGGGCUGGACUCGGGAUUCCUGGUGGGCCGGGGCUACCUAGAUCACGGCGUUAUGGUUUGGUUUGCGAGGACGCGAGGACGAGGCGAUAAGAGUCGGGUAGGCGAUGAUACAUUCUUAAGCUGGACUACCUAGUACCUACCUAUAUUUAGGUACCGUUGUAUUUACUUUUCAUCG